GCUUCAGUCUUACAGCAAAACAGUCAGAGCCUCGGAGGCAUGCAAACCUUAAAAAAUGUUAUGUUUUUUUCCACUUUUGACCCUCCAAAUUUACUUAAUUCACAUGCAAGCACCACUCUUUCGUUGCUCUCGAGUUUCUUCUGUGCUUCAAAUAUUUUGACUUUCUUUAAUGGCGGGACCAGAAACAGAAACAGAAACAGGACUAGCAGCCCCGGACGUGGAAGCAGUGUUGGAUUUUCUACGCAAAAAUGGGUUAAAGGACGCAGAGUUGGCUCUUAAAGAGGACAUCAAUGAGAGAAACACUGAAUUGGGUUCCUUUGACUUUGAGAAGUUCUUGUUUGUCUUGCCACCCGUGAGGAUUCCGGCGAAUGGGCGGCAACUGGAGGUCGAAGGAUUUGGCGGCGGUGGCGAGAGGUUGCAACCGAGUUCUGGGUCUCCGUCGGCCGAUGAGUUUGUUAGCUUGGGGUCCUCUACUACUGCCAGCGGUGUGUACUCUUCAGGUAAGUUCUCAAAUCCAUAUGGACUUCAUUCUGCAUCUCAGGCUAAUUCAAAAACUUCGUCUGAUAGGCUGUCUCAGUUUGGCACAGCACGUGAUUACCGUGAUUUUGAUUUGCAAAAUGACUUUUGUUGGUAUGAUGAGAAAGAGGAAGGCCACUUCAUGACUCCCUGCUUCAAAGGGCCAGACUACUUUAGCUGUCCGAGUGAGGAUAAGUUUGUCAUGACAUCAGAGACAGAGAAGCAGUUUGAAAACUACUUGGGUUUGUAUGAUAAAUCUGAAGGUGAAACUGAAGGAACAGCUGGUUACUUGGAUAAGCAGUGUCUUUUCAAUGUCACGUCUGUGAAUAAUAAAAACAAGGCUCACUCAAUGAGUUAUUAUCAUUUUGAUAGAAGAAACCAGCUUGAAGGAGACAUUGAGGGGGAUGGUAGUUCAGCCUCCAAUUGUAAAUGCUGUGAAAAAACAGGAGGGACUUGCAGCAAGAAUCCUGUUGACUGUAUCUACUUGAGCUCUAAAGAAACUGAUUUAGGUGACUUUCAGUUAAAAGGUGGGGAAGGCCUUGCUGAUUAUGAUAUAGCCCAUGUGCAUAUGGGAAACAAGAAUGCUAAUUACUAUUGUAAAAAAGGUCUCAACAGUGACUGGAUUGAAGGGUUUAAGAGUACCUCUGACAUCAUAGAAAAUGUAAUUGAUGACUUUGAAGUCGGAGAUGGUGGAGAAGUAAAUGGAGAAGCCCAUGAGCUUGAGGCUGCUAUAGGUGGAGAAGAUGUUAAUGCUGCCGAACUUUUGAUGUACUAUAACCAGGAGGAUGAAUAUGAAGUAUUCAAUCUGCGAGUUAUACACAGGAAAAACAGGACUGGAUUUGAGGAAAACAAGGACCUGCCCAUUGUGCUAAAUACUGUCAUUGCAGGCAGAUAUUAUGUCACGGAAUACCUAGGUUCAGCUGCUUUCAGUAAGGUCAUUCAGGCGCAUGAUCUUCACACAGGAAUAGAUGUUUGCCUGAAGAUUAUUAAAAAUGACAAAGAUUUUUUCGAUCAGAGUCUGGAUGAAAUUAAACUUUUGAAGAUAGUCAACAAGCAUGAUCCGGCGGAUGAACGCCACAUUUUGCGCCUUUAUGACUACUUCUAUCACCAAGAGCAUCUCUUCAUCGUUUGUGAACUCCUUAAGGCAAACUUGUAUGAAUUUCAGAAAUUUAGUCAAGAAUCAGAUGGAAAAGCUUAUUUCACUCUGAGCAGAUUGCAGGUCAUAACCCGUCAAUGUUUGGAGGCACUGGAAUACUUGCAUCACCUGGGAAUUAUUCACUGUGAUUUAAAGCCUGAAAACAUUCUUAUAAAGAGUUAUAGGAGAUGUGAGAUAAAGGUUAUUGAUCUUGGAAGCAGUUGCUUUAAGUCAGACAACUUGUGCCUAUAUGUUCAAUCUCGUUCCUAUAGAGCCCCUGAAGUCAUUCUAGGUCUCCCCUAUGACCAGAAGAUUGACUUAUGGUCUCUUGGCUGCAUCUUGGCUGAGCUGUGCUCUGGGGAAGUGCUCUUUCCAAAUGAUGCCGUUGUAAUGAUCCUCGCACGCAUGAUUGGUAUGCUGGGUCCUAUUCAUUCAGAGAUGUUGGUGAUGGGACAGGAAACACACAAGUACUUUACAGAAGAAUACGAUCUGUAUUAUUCAAAUGAGGAGACAAAUCAAAUAGAAUACCUUAUUCCUGAGGAGUCCUCACUGGAGCAUCAUCUACAGAUUUCUGAUGUUAGAUUCAUUGAUUUCAUGAGAAACUUGCUUGAGCUCAAUCCCCUGAGGCGACUAACUGCAAAGGAGGCACUAGAGCACCCAUGGCUUUCACAUUCUUACUGAAGUUCUGGAUGAAUUAACACUCUUGACUAUGUUUAUGUCUCUUGUUUCUGGAAUGCAUCCUUCCAGUAUCAGUUUUGGUUUUCAGUGUAUGCAACCACAUCAGACAUGCUAUGCUGCAUAUAUAUUAUAUACCCCACACUUGUUUGCUGAACACGUAUUUAUUUUGUACAGGAAGUUUUCUUGCAUCAUUCUCUUUUCUUCCUUCACUUGUUGGGGCUUGUAAGUAUCAUUUGAUUGGGAAUGUUCCUCCAGAGCCGUCAAUGAGCGUGCAGUGCUUUCGAUAUGCCACAUAAAUCUACGUCUUUUCAAUGCAAAUGCGUUUUUAUA